AUGAAAAUUAUAUUUGCUUUAAUUUUAAUUAUUGUUUUAGCAUCAGUAUGCAGUGCUAUUAAUGUUGCACCAAAAAACAAUAACAAGAAACCAAAUGGUGACCUCUCAUGUGCUGGUGCAUUCAAUAGUCGUGAUACAUUUAAAUCAAGUUUCAGUUUUGUAGGUCUUAAUCAACAAAACCCAUUUGCAUCCGAUAGCAACAGCGCAUCAUUCUUCCUCAAUGGUGAGUUAGUAUAUGAUAGAAGUGUGCAAUCAAUGGUAAUCAAUUAUAACCUCAAUAAUCAAGGUGGCGAUAUUGUUACUUGGAUCUAUGGUCAUAAUUCUACCCAAUACACUUAUUUCCAAGAUAAUGGUAAGUGCAUCCAACAAGAAUAUGACUCAUCCCAAUUCCCAAAUCCAUUUUAUGUUACAGGUGGUCUUACAACAGUAGGGGCAAUUAAAGCAGAGUCAUUA